AAAGAAACAGCACAGGAAUCAGGCACAUGAGAAGACACCUGUGUGUGUGAGCGUGUGUGUAUUAGUGUGUGUAUUAGAGUGUGUGUGUGUGUGUGUGUGUCAUUGCUGCAUGACCCAGGAUGUCUCACUGCAGGUUGCUCGCGCGGCUCCUGUUGCAGCAGCAGCAGGUGGGAGUGAGACGCUGCUACACGGCCACACGGAAGAGUCUCUACAUCAGCAAGGACACUAAAGUCAUCUGUCAGGGCUUCACAGGGAAACAGGGAACGUUCCACAGUCAGCAGGCUCUGGAUUAUGGCUCCAAGUUAGUCGGAGGCGUGUCUCCUGGAAAAGGCGGGAAAACUCACCUGGGAUUGCCGGUGUUCGACUCGGUGAAGGAGGCGAAGGAGGUGACAGGCGCCGACGCCACGGUGAUCUACGUUCCUCCUCCGUUCGCCGCGGCGGCCAUCAUAGAAGCCAUCGACGCUGAGAUCCCGCUGGCGGUGUGCAUCACGGAGGGAAUCCCGCAGCAGGACAUGGUCCGGGUCAAACACAGGCUCCUCCGCCAGAACGUCACCCGCCUCAUCGGCCCCAACUGCCCCGGCGUCAUCAACCCUGGAGAGUGUAAAAUCGGCAUCAUGCCCGGACACAUUCACAAGAAAGGAAGAAUCGGGAUCGUGUCGAGGUCGGGCACGCUGACGUAUGAAGCCGUGCACCAGACUACGCAGGUGGGACUGGGCCAGUCUCUGUGUGUCGGAAUCGGCGGAGAUCCGUUUAACGGCACCAACUUCAUCGACUGCCUGGAGGUGUUCCUGCAGGACCCGAAAACAGAGGGCGUCAUUCUGAUCGGAGAGAUCGGGGGCGACGCCGAGGAGAACGCAGCCGAGUUUCUGAAACAGCACAACACCGGUGCUAACGCUAAACCGGUGGUGUCGUUUAUCGCCGGCCUCACGGCGCCCCCCGGCAGGAGGAUGGGUCACGCCGGUGCCAUCAUCGCAGGAGGAAAGGGCGGGGCUAAAGAGAAGAUCGCCGCCCUGCAGUCAGCCGGCGUGGUGGUCAGCAUGUCUCCCGCCCAGCUGGGAAGUACCAUGUUCAAGGAAUUCGAGAAGAGGAAGAUGCUGUAAUGUGGACGAGCCUCAUCGAUGCCACAGCAGUGUUGGUUUUUUGUUUGUUUUCAGCCAUGAAUUUCCAACUUCUGGAGAAUUUUCCAGAAGCAGAUUGUUCUUUUAUCACAGUGAGAUACGUGACAGUCAUAAUAACCGUCAGUGAAGUUAAAACCGUUAACAUUAUCGUCACAGGAGCACGCAGGUGCGGCACAGGCACGGUGUGUAUUACCUCCACCUCCAUCUACACCUCCACCUCGUCCAUCAUCAUCUGAAAUAUAAUAUAAUAUAAUUCUCUUUCCUC